AUGACAGUCCCCUCUCUCACUCCAAACACCUUUGCCCACGAGCUCCUCAUCGCCCAGCUUGCCGUGCAGCGCGCCGCGCUGGUCACCAAACGCGUCCUCGCCACCAUCAACGCCACCAAAUCCAUCUCCCAACCUUCGUCCCCCAUCGCCGACACCCCAACCACGCCAACAAUACUAUCCCAGUACCUACACCCAGAGUACUACCCAAUCUCACCACUCCCAAUAUCCCCAACAAGCGACGACAACACCAGCAACUCCCCCUUCCAAUUCAACCUCCCUCGCCGCCUCUCCCUCGCUAAGACAGAUACCUCGCCCGUAACAGUUGCCGACCUAGCCGCGCAAGCAUUACUCAUCGCCGCCAUCCACUCCGCCUUUCCAUGCGACACCAUCCUCGGCGAGGAGGACGCGGCCGACCUGCGCGCCGACGCCGAUCUCGCGGAGCAGGUAUGGGAGCUGGUCUCCACGACGCGGCUCGACGACGCCGAGAGCGAGGCGCUGCUUGGCCGGCCGGGGAGUUUGGACGAGAUGCUGGAGGUUAUUGAUCUCGGUGGUGGUAAUCACAAUCACUCGAUUACUAAGGAUGCCAGGAAUGGGAGUACUAAUGGAUCAUCAUCAGCGACUGCCCGUGGUGGUGGGAAGAGGUUCUGGUGUCUGGAUCCGAUUGACGGGACGAGUGCCUACAUGAAGGGCGGGCAAUACGCGAUCUCGGUGGCGCUGCUUCAGGACGGAAAGGAGCUGCUCGGGGUGUUGGGGUGUCCGAACUGGAGGUUCGAGGAGGGGAUGGGGACGGCGGUGGGCGAGCGGUGGACGGUGCAGGAAAAUGUGUUGGAUGUGGGCGGAAUGGGGCUGAUGCUUGCUGCGGUGAGGGGGCAGGGCGCGACGGUGAGGCCGAUGGGGAGGGGGGCGCUCAGCGAGGGGAGGCGGGUUGACCGGGGGAAGGGCAAGCCGGUUGAGCUGAGGGAAGUACACCUCGUGGACUCGCAGAGGAGUCCCGCUACGUUGACCGAGAAGGUGGAGGAGUUGGCCAAGAUCGCGGGGGCGACAUAUCCGGCCGUCACCAAUCUCUACUCGUCGCACAUGCGGUACGCCGCCAUGGCACUUGGUGGCCGCGAAUUUGCGCAGCUCAGGUGGCCAAAGCCGGGCAAGGGCCCAUGGUCAAUUUGGGACCAUGCGGGCUCGCAGCUCAUCUACACCGAGUCGGGGGCCGGAAAGGUGACAGACCUGGCUGGCAACCCGAUCGAUUUCAGCACGGGCAACAAACUCUCGAGAAGCUGGGGCGUUAUCACAGCCGACGAGAGCGUUCACGCCGAGAUAUUGAGUCUGGUCAACCAGAUGCGGGCUGCGUCCCCGUGA